UCUGGUGUUCAUCCUGCCAGCACAGGGACCCCCAACCCCUUGGAAGGUAAACAAGAUAAACUACAGAAAGCUGUACAGCAUAUACUGUCUCUUCUGGAAGAGAUGAAAACUGACGUGAAAGACUUGAAAAAUAGGCUUGCGCAGAUGGAGUGCCAAACCCAAGAAAAGGAGCUGACAUCUGACACAAGGGUUACAGUUUCCCUUAAAAUCUUCAGAGGUGUAGAAUGUCUCAAGUUGGAUUUAAAGACAGAUCCAGGAAAACGUGCACGCUUGGAAUGCUAUUUGGCGAUGAGGGGAGGCUUUAGCUUAAAGCUCGUAGUCAGGGGUAUACUGUCUGUGCUAUUUUCAACAGAAUUAGCCCGGUGUUACAACUAUAAUGGCCUGAAGGGAAAGAAGGGACUGAAGAACCACCCUUUAUUUUAA